AUUAGCUUACAGCCCUAAGAGAUUCUAUGGCGGCCAAACCUAGAGCUACGUCCUGUGACCAGGACCGGAACAAAUAAAAGUGCCUUCGUUCCUUCGCAUUCGCAUGAGUGUAGAGUUUUGAUCGCUGUCGACUUUGCUCCUUCGACGGCGUUCCCUUCCUGUUGGAUCGGAAGUUAGGACUUUUUUUUUUAUCGGAAGCAACAACGGGAGCUCGAUUGUUGUGAAGUUGCUUCCUAAGAAGAAACCUCUCAAAGUCUCUCAUGGAGUCCCAGAAAGUAGAAUCAGCCACGAACAAACCGAUUGAUCCAGCCCUCAUGUCAUGUCGAAAGAAAAAAUCUGAGAGUGCAACUUUCUUGGAGGAUGUCAGGGAUCAUAUCGAUGAGUUCAUCCAUGCUUCAAUGGACGAACACAAAUCUUGCUUUAAGAAGACCAUUAAGAAAAUGUUUGGGAUGUCAAAAGUUGUUGCCGAGAGGAAUUCACAGUCUGAAGGAGUCGAGAGUUCCUUGCCACUACAGACUUCAAUCUCUCAGUAAACAGUAAAGUUUGUCUCCUCUGUUGUUUUUUAAAUAAAUCGAAUUCAGCCGUUAAUUUGUUGUAUUCAAAUGAAUUGAUGAACGACAUAGUAAUUAAUAACAAAUUAAACUAGCAAAUGUUGUGUGAACGGUCUGCUAUUGCUGUAUAUUUGAUAUUCUGCUUUCUGUUUGGUUUUCAUUUUUUCA